UUUGAAAAUUCUUUCAUAAAAAUAACCUAAAGAAAAACGGUUAGAACACUAAAGUAAUAAAAAUUUCUUCACCAAGAAAAUAUAAGUCAUGAAGAUAAUAGAUGGUCAAACUGUGAAAGCGAAGAAAAGAAGGAGCACGGCGAAGCGAGAAAACCCUCUCCCUUCCUCGUAUAUUAACCUCACCUCCGCCUCCCUUCCCCUCUCUUUCCCCGUCUCCGCCUCCCCAAUUCCUCCGCACCGCCAUGGACGACCUCGAGCAGGCCAUCCUGCUCGCAUCCGACUCCCCGGCCGCCGCCGCCGCCUCCCCGUCCGUCCGCGCGGAGGCGCUCGCCUUCUGCGCCCGCGCCCGCGACGACUCCCCGCCGUCGUCGCUCCUCCGCCUCUGCCUCUCCGGCCUCGCCUCCUCCCCGCACGUGCAGGUCCACUUCUGGUGCCUCCAGUCCCUCCACGACGCGCUCCUCCGCCGCCGCCUUGCGCUCCCCGACGACCUCGCGCUGCUCCGCUCCUCGCUCCUCUCCCUCGCCGUUUCCUCCAACGCCGCCUCGCCGCCCUUCCUCCGCAACAAGCUCGCGCAGCUUGUGGCCCUCCUCGUCCGCCUCGAUUACCCCCAUGUCUACCCUUCCUACUUUCUCGACCUCCUCCCGCCCCAGCCGCCGCAGCCGGGCCCGACGGACAUGUUUGCGCGGGUUCUCAUCUCCCUCGAUGACGACCUGCUCUCCCAGGAGUACCCCCGCAGUGCCGACGAGACCGCAGACGCCGCGCGGGUGAAGGAUUCCAUGCGCGCGCAGUGCGUGCCCCAGAUCGCACGCCAUUGGCACGCAGCCGCCGCGACCCUCCGUACGGCUGACCCCGCGGCCGCGGCCGUGGCCCUCGACGCGGCUCGCAGGUGCAUCUCGUGGAUCGAUGUCGGGCUGGUCGCGAAUGAUGUGUUUGUUCCUCUGCUCUUUGACAUUGCCAUGUUCCCUGGGAGUGCUGGUCCGCUUGCUGCUGCGGCGGUGGGGUGCCUUUCUGCUGUGGCGGCUAAGAGGAUGGAUGUGAGGGCGAAAGUGGCAUUGCUGAGGUCGCUCCUGGUUGCACGGCAGGGGCUUGGUAGCACAGACAGUGGUUUGAAAAUGGCGCCUUUGGUGACGACAUACGCAUCCGAGGCUCUUGAAUGUUAUCGCAGGCUUGGACCUAGUGAUGCUGAUGGAGCUGGGGCAUUGGAGAUGCUGGAAGAGGUGCUACCGGCUGUAUUUGCAGCUGCAGAGAGCUGUGAUGAUGAGGAGGUGGAUUCCAGUUCUGUGCUUGAGUUCUUAUCUGGCUUUGUGAGCGUGAUGAAGGCACCAUCUGAGAAGCAGCUGGGGCACUUGGGACGGAUCCUGGAGGUGGUGCGGGUGCAGAUGUUGUAUGAUCCGGUAUAUAGGGGGCAUCUUGAUGUGCUUGACAAGAUAGGGAAGGAGGAGGAGGACCUUAUGGCGGAGCAACGGAAGGAUUUAAUUGCAUUAUUCCGGAGCAUUUGUCGUGUAGCCCCAGCUGCAGCUCAGCUGUUCAUAAGAGGGUUGCUUGUGACAGCAUUCUCUUCUGCAGAAGCUAGUGUGGAGGAUGUUGAGGUCGCUCUUACCCUGUUAUAUCGGCUUGGAGAAGCAGUUGGUGAGGAAGAGAUCCGGACUGGAACAGAGCUGCUUGGGGAACUUGUGCCCAUGCUCCUUUCUGCAAGAUUCUCAUGCCACACACACCGCUUAGUUGGGUUGGUGUAUCUGGAGACAGUUACCCGCUAUAUGAAGUUCGUGCAGGAGAAUGUGCAGUACGUGCCACACCUGCUUGGUGUGUUCUUGGAUGACCGUGGCACACAUCAUCAGAAUUCCCACGUGAGCCGGCGUGCGGGAUACUUGUUUAUGAGAGCUGUCAAGUUGUUGAAGACAAAGCUAGUGCCUUACUUGGAUACCAUUUUGCAGAGCCUGCAAGAUGUACUAAGCCAAUUCACUUCUAUGGAUCGGGGAAACAAAGAUACAAAGUUUCCCAGCUCGGAGGACGGCAGCCAAAUUUUUGAGGCUGUUGGAUUGUUGAUUGGCAUUGAAGAGGUAUCACUAGAGAAGCAGGCUCAGUGCUUGACUGCUUUGCUAAAUCCUCUCUGUCAUCAGAUCGAGUCACUUGUUAUGGAUGCCAAAGCACAAGGACUUGAAGAAUCAUCUCCAAGAGCGAUGAGUCUUCAACAGAUUAUUAUUGCUUUGAAUAUGGUCAGCAAGGGCUUUAACGAGCGCCUUGUGAUGGGAAGUAGGCCAGCUAUUGGGGUCAUGUUCAAGGAAACCCUUGAUGUUGUUCUGCAAGUCCUUGUCUCAUUUCCAAAUGUGAGACCCCUGCGAUCUAAGGUCAUAUCCUUUCUGCACCGGAUGAUUGAGAUAUUAGGUAUUUCAGUGCUUCCAUGUAUUCCAAUUGCACUGAGACAAUUGCUUCUUGAUAAUGAGGCUAAAGAUAUGGUGGAAUUUCUCGUAUUGGUAAACCAAAUAAUCUGCAAAUUUAAUUCGUCAGCUAGUGGCAUAUUGGAGGAAGUCUUUCCUACUAUUGCAAGUCGUUUGUCUAUGAUACUGUCACAAGAUGCAUUUUCAGCUGGUCCUGCAAGCAAUACUGAGGAAAUGCGAGAACUGCAAGAUCUGCAGAGGACAUUAUACAUAUUCUUGCAUGCUAUGGCAACACAUGAUCUUUCUACAAUUCUCCUUGCUCCUAGCUGCAGGCAGUAUCUGGAGACUAUAAUGCAGUUACUUCUGUUUACUUCAUGCAGUCAUAAAGAUAUACAACUUCGGAAGGCAUGUGUACAAAUUUUCGUCAAUCUUGUCAAAGAUUGGUGCAGUAACUCUGAGGAUAAGCUUCCUGGCUUCCGAGUAUUUAUGAUUGAGAAGUUUGCUACUGGUUGCUGUUUAUACAGUGUCCUUGAUAAAUCAUUUGAUUUACGUGAUGCAAAUUCGCUUGCUCUCUUUGGUGAAAUUGUGAUGGCCCAAAAGAUUAUGUAUGAAAGAUUUAGGGAGGACUUCAUUGUGAAUUUUGUAGCAAAAGGUCUUCCAGAAGCUCACUGCCCACCAGACCUAGCUGAACAGUACUACCAAAAGUUACAGGGGAAUGAUAUCAAGGCAUUCAGGUCAUUUUAUCAAUCGCUUAUCGAGAAAAUAAGACAAGAUCAGAAUGGGAAUCUUGUAUUCAGAUAGCAUCAUUCGUUCAUUUCCAAUCUGUUAGCUAGCAGAAGAUUCCUCAGCUGUGUGAUUCAAGUAUAGGGUAGUUGUGUCAUCAAUGUAUAUAGAGCUACCAUUUCUGAGAUUGGAAGAUGUAUGCUACGGGAAUAUUUUUACCAAAUCUGGUUACCGUGGCGUUCCUUAUUCAUCGUGUGCUAGUGAGAUGCAUGGGGAGUACAUCCCCCAAGGGUUUCUGCUGAAGAAAAAGAUGCAGGGUUCCAUUUGUUUGUUUGAUCUUUCCCCAAAUCAUAGAUUAUUCUGCUAUCUGGGCCUUAAAUUUUGCAAGGUACUUUGAGUAAACUAGUAGUUGGGAUAGGGGGGAAAGAGUGUUGUGUAGGCUGUGUUUUUCCUGACAAAAAUUGGUCGCACCGCCUGUUGUGUAUCGUGUUAUGCCAAAUUUUGCAGAAUUGCAGAGGUUUUCACCCCCCAUAUUUGUCAUCUGGGGUGCUGUACAUAUUCUUUUAUAUCAUCGCGUCAUAAAUCAUUAAAUCACCUUUUCGUCA